UCUAAUGGCUCCUUGCACAUGACGGAUGAGUAUGAAUAUGACGAUAAAACCGGUCGAGAACUCAUCGUCCGGAGGGGCCAGGAGUUUAAGAUAGACAUCAACCUGAGCAGACCAUUUAAACAAAACAAGGAACGCAUUGUCCUCCAGCUAACAGCUUCAGCCAAGUGUCCAAGACCAACGGACGGUACCGUCAUAAAUCUGGACAUCAACGGCACGUACAAAGAAGGGAAUUGGAGCGCUAAGAUUGAAUCCUCCGAAGACAAAUCCAUCAAGGUCACGGUGAACAGCGCCCCCAAUGCUAUAGUCGGCACUUACAAGGUCACUGUCAAAGUCGAAAAUAUCGCCAAUGGAAUGGAGACGGUGUUCCCUCAAGCGAGAAAGGUCUGGGUUCUCUUCAACCCAUGGUGCAAACAAGAUGUAGUGUACAUGGAAGAUAAGGCCGAACGAGAUGAGUACGUCUUGGCUGACACGGGACGAAUCUGGAGAGGCAGUGAGCGGAACAACCGACCUAAACCCUGGGUCUUUGGCCAGUUUGACCUGGACGUUCACCGGGUGGUCUUUGAGCUCUUGGAGGCGCACGUAAAACCGAAGGACAGGCGCAGCGCUGUCAAGGUCUCAAGAUGGUUCACUUACAUCAUCAAUGAGUUUGUCCUGGUGGGCAACUGGAGUGGGAACUACGAAGGGGGGACUAGACCAACGACAUGGAUAGGAAGCGUGAAGAUUAUCGAAGAGUAUGGAACCACCAAGAAGCCUGUCAAAUUCGGCCAGUGUUGGGUGUUCUCAGGAGUUCUGACCACCUUCCUCCGCUGUGUUGGGAUACCAACUCGUAGCGUCACAAACUUUGACUCGGCUCAUGACACUGAACUCAACAUGACUAUCGACAACUACCAAGACGCCGAAGGCACUGAACUGAGUUCUUCAUUUUUCGCCUACAUGGGAGGUGAAAAGGACAGGGAGAGGUCAACGGCAGAUUCUAUCUGGAAUUUCCACGUUUGGAACGAGUCGUGGAUGACGAGGAAAGACCUCCAUGGCAGUGACUUUGAUGGCUGGCAGGCUGUCGAUUCAACCCCGCAGGAACUAAGCGAAGGUAAAUACCAGUGUGGCCCUGCUCCUCUGAAUGCGGUCAAACGUGGAAUCGUCAACGUAGGAUAUGAUGCAGGAUUUGUCUUCGGCGAAGUGAAUGCAGACAGAGUAACCUGGCUAGUUGAAGCUUACCCUAAUCACCGUGAAGGAUUGAAAUACACACAACUGUCUUGUCAGAAAGACAGCGCCGGUCACGUGAUCAGUACUAAGCAAGUAGGAUCUAAAGAAAGGAAUGACGUCACUCUCCUUUAUAAAUUCAAAGAAGGCAGUCCUGAAGAACGUGCUGCGGUCGAAGAAGCGGUCAGCAAGGGCAUUAAUCGCGGGCUGUAUGAUGCAGACGGCAUACCAGAUGAGAUAUCGGUGAACGUGCAAUGCAAGGAUGACCUUUGGAUUGGUGAUUCUUUCAGCGUCACUAUCGAGACGAAAAAUGAUAGUGACUACGCGAAGGAUAUUCACAUCAAGACGAUCGUCAGCAGCGUCCUUUACACAGGUUUACCAAAAGCUACGAUCAAAACGGAGGAAACGGGUUAUUUUGAGCUGGGCAGCAAACAGAGCAAGCUCAAUGAAGUCCUUGUCGACUACGAGGAUUAUGGCAGCAAGCUAGAUGACGAGGGGAUGUUCCUCGUUUUUGUCAUUGCAAAAGUCAAGGGAAGCACGAGACCGAUCACCAGGCGCGAAAACAUUCGGCUGAAACAACCUGACCUUGAUGUGACAGCGGAAGUUGACGGGUCAAAGGUCGCUCUCACGGCCGAGUUCAAGAACCCAUUGAAUAAAACCCUCAAGGAUUGCGAGUUCUCCGUCGAAGCCCCGAAGCUUGUGAAACCAUUCAAGGUCAAAAGAGAGGAUAUUGGACCUAAAGAGAGUAUAACGUUCAAGUACUCAUUCCCAGCUCGAACAACCGGACGGAAGACCGUGGUCGUCGAGCUCGAUACCCAUCUCCUUAAGGACAUCGAUGGCGAAGUCGAUGUUGAAGUUAAACCCUAAGUAGCCGAAUGGUUGAACGUGUUCGUGAAUGCCAUUGCCGAUAAGCCGUACCUAUUUCAAUAUGGGAUGUUUUCCUGGUGGUAAUGUGCAUAUGCAAGUUCCUCUGAUCAGUUACCAUCUGAAAGGUAGUUGGGCUACCCAAGGGUAGAAAAAGCAAAGAUUUUGUUUGUAAUCACUGUAAUAUUUAGAGAAUCUUUGUUAUUUUAUACAUUCUAUAUUAUCUAUUCAUUAAAGGACAAGUCCACCUCAACAAAAAGUUUAUUUGAAUAAAAAGAAAAAAUCCAAACAUAACC